AUGUUGCCUGGAAUCCGCAGCGGAAACUCGCUUUCUCCACAUCUACCGUCAACUACAACGGAGGCGCUGCAACCAGGCCCCGAUUCAUGGACCCAUUCGAAUCUGGACCCAGUCCCGGACAUUCUCCUCGAUGUGUCAAACGUGACUAGCCUCGAUUUCGAGGAUUUAGAGCACGUAUCAAUAUUUGAGGCGAAUGCAGAGCUUGCAUUUGAUGUGCAACUUCCACCCCAGGAUGUUCUAUUCGACCUCGGCUCGAUGAUGGAGCUUCCCGAAUGCUACCAGGAAGACCUGGACGGGCUGACAGUUCCCAAAAGCCAUCCUCAAGGACCACUAUCAGAGUCAUUGGAACCUAUAGACACUCUCACCGCACUCUCAAAAUUGAAUGAAGAUAUCUCAAGGCAGAUAUCCCAAAUUGACUCACGCUUUUGUGGGCCUACAAACGCAGUCCAGCACUGUCUCGAUCAACUAGAUGACAUCAAGGGGAAUCCUGUAGAGGUAAUGCUACAAAGCACCUCACGAUUCGUCACUAUUCUUGAGAAUCUAAGCUCUUUGCACUUACCACCGAACAAAUCCAUUCACAUAAUGACAAAGCACCAAUCGUCUACCUCUACCUUCGAUUCUGGAGAUCCUAACUCGAAUUUGAAACCAGGCAAGACACGAGCGCCUGUAGAAGUGAACCCUUUGAGUACACCGGUCGUGCUUAUGGUUUUGUCAAGCUAUCUCCUCCUUCUGGGCUUCUAUGAUGCGGUCUUCAUCCGUGUACGUGAAGGUCUAUCUCGACUGGACGACAUCUGUACUUUCUUCCAGGACAUCCCUGAAAUUCGGGUAGAUGGCCUUUCGUCAAUGAAAAUGCAAUUGUACGCCAAACUCAUCAUUUCAGUUGUCGAGUAUCAUUUUGGCCGCCUCGAAUUCCUGUUGGGCCUUCCAGUUGAAUUCGGCCUUUCUGGACAACCGACGCGCUCGAAAGGAUUACUAGGGGCUGCGGAACUAUCUCAUCUGAUACAUGUGUCCAUGACGCAGAAGACAGGCGAUGCUGGGACAUCGGGCAGAUCAGCGCUACAGUCAUUCAGAGAGAAUUUGAGCGCUCUGCGAGCCAUGUUACCAGGUUGA